CGGACCAGCGAUAGGAAUAGGUUCAACUCACUAAUAAGAGUGAAUCUUUCGGCUCCAAACGGCUCAUUCCUAUAUAUUUUCCUAAACCACACAAAAUUUUAUUUUGACCAGUGAUUAUUCGCCUCUUCUUGACUACGGCUGACAUUAUUUAAUGAAAUCUUACUUUACUUUAUAAUUAAUAACAUAUCGAUUACUUUUCAAAUCAUCUCCGUUAUGAUGCCUCAUGCAUCUGAGAGUCAAACACACAUCUCACUGUUCACACUAACGAGCAGCGCAGAUGUGUAGAGGUUUUCAUUACACCGUGAGUGUAACCUCAUUGCUUUCAAAUGCAAAUCAAAUGACUCGUAUAUGAAGUCGGCUCUCAACGUUCACCUAAAAGAGCCGAUUCAAAGAGCCGAUUCGCCGGUGAACGACACUUCACUGUUGCGGACUACAGUGAGACAUUAGCGUUAGCAUUAGCAUCAGGUGAAUGAUGGACAGGUGCAAACGCGCAGUUUUAUUGCUCCACUUGUGCAGAUGAGGAGAUUAAUGUGCAGCUGAACAUGACCUCUAUCACAGAAACACUAAGAGGAAUUUUACUUGCGUUGGUUUUUAUUUUUGGUAUGAUUCAUAUUUCAUUAGCAACUCCAUCAGGUGAAGGUGUGACUCCUGGAUCUGAAAUUCCUGAUGGAUUAGAUUCCUAUUACGGACAGACUGCAGAGGACUCAGAGUCUCUGUCUCAGAGACAGUUUAAGACAGCAGAAAUCGCAGACGCUGUUCUGGGGACGGAGCUGUCUGAAAACACAGCUGGGAUUGAAGCUCUUAUUCCUAAAAGCCUGAUCUCUACACCAUGUGAGAAGGAAGUGACAGAGGAGGAUGUGGUAAUGGAGGAGGAGGUGAAGGAGGAGGAAGAGGUGAUGGAGGAGGUGGCAGUGAUGGAGGAGGAGGUUGAGAUGAAGCAGGAAAGUCCAUCAGGAGGUGACGAGCAGAACUCCACAGAAACUGCAAAGACAUACAAAGUGAGCUGUGAUAAAAGGAGCAUCACUGGACUUGAUACCUUCACAGUGCAGGUUCUCAACGCAUCACAGGACCUGAUGGACUUCCUGAACUCGAACAGCUCUGAAUGCUCUUUGGUUCUCUUCUACACUUCCUGGUGUCAGUUCUCCGCCCACCUCGCUCCUCACUUUAACGCUCUGCCAAGAGUUUUUCCCAUCAUGCAUUUCCUCGCUCUCGAUGCCUCACAACAUAGCAGUUUGUCAACGCGCUUCGGGACUGUUGCUGUUCCCAACAUUUUGCUGUUUCAGGGUGCGAAACCAAUGGCACGUUUUAACCAAACAGAGAGAACGCUCGAGACACUAACAGCCUUCAUCACUAAUCAAACAGGGUUUGAGGCAGUUGUGGGUCAGAUGGUGAUGGAGGAUGAUCAUGUUGGUCCUUUACUCAGCGUCCCAGUGAGGAGCAUCGACUGGCUUUUUGUGUUCAGUGUCAUGUUUUUAUCUGUGUUCAGUUUGUAUGCCAUCCUGCGGACCGACAGCAUCCGGCUGCUCAUCCCCGGCCACGAACAUGACCACCAGGACUGACUGUUAUUAUUAUUAUCAUUAUUACAGUGUUGUAUGUACAAACCAUUUCUAAAUCUGUGAAUUUGGGUCAAAUGGAUGUUUUAGAAUAAACAUAAUCACGUAAUAAAUAAACAAUAAAAAUGACAAUAAUAGCUUAA